GUUCGUCGGUGACAGCUGAAAUAAAUAGGAUUGCUCUGGAUGCUAAGUAUAAAAUAACCCGUAGUCUAAUAAGGUUUAUUGUGGUUGUAUUAUACAGCAUUGCGAGUCUUGCUAAAUCAGUUCCGAAUGCAAAUGAGGCACAUAAAAGAACCAUUACGUGAGAGCGUCUACGUGAGAUUAACCACUAUAUGAGAUGAGGAAGACCUUUCCUAGAUGUAAGAAGAAUCAAAUCGAAUAUGCUUGGAGAAGUAACUAGAAAAGGAAAUAUGUCGGUGAAUGAUAUUAUAUCUCGAAUUCACUUUGCAAUUCUUGGCCCAAAUUUUGUUUCGAAGGAAUCUGAAUUUACUAAUCAAGUUGAACAAGAUCAAACUAAUUUGAUGAUUAACCGUUCUAAUCCCAAUGCUACGCUUGUUGCGCUUCAUGAAAUGCUUGUAGAGAAUUGGACUGCUCGAAACUACAUGCUUUUGGAGAAUAACACCGUAUUGAAGAAUACUUUAGUCAUAUUAUUUUAUAUGAUAAUAGUCAUUAUUUCGUUUUUUGGAAACUCGAUUGUUUGCAAAAUUGUGUUUGGAUGUUCAAACAUGAGAUCCACCACCAAUAUAUACAUAGGAAAUUUAUCUAUGUCAGAUCUAAGUAUGACUGUCAUUAAUAUCCCUUUACAGCUUACUCAGAUACUAGCAAGCAAUUGGCCGCUUGGUAAAUUUUGUUGUAAAUGCUUACCAUUCUUUCAAAGUUUAUCAGUAAAUGUGUCCUCUUUCACAAUGGCAUGCAUAGCUUUAGAUCGAUAUCAAGUAAUUGCUUAUCCAUUGAAACCUCGAUCAAGUAUUACUGUAAUAACAUUAAAAGUAAUAUUCAUAUGGAUUAUGGCAAUGGUGGUAUCUUCUCCAUACCCUCUGCUGUCGGAUGUCGUUGAAGAUACAUCCUAUAAAAAGAUGAUAAGAUGCCGGCUUAUAUACCCUCAGCCUGAAACUGAAUUUCGAAAAUCAUUGACAAUUGUUACACUUUCCAUUCAAUAUCUUAUACCUCUGCUCAUUAGUGGAAUUACUUAUUCAAAAAUAUGUUGCAUCAUUUGGCACCGGCCAUCUAUUGGAGCUGUGACACCUAAUCAGAAAACACGCCUUCAGACAGCCAAAUGGAAGACUAUUAAAAUGUUAAUGGUAGUUUUUAUCGUUUUUUCUUUCUGUUGGCUCCCUCUAAACGUGUAUCAUGUCUAUCAAGAUACCAGGGGAGUUGUUGGCCCAAUGAAGCAUAACUCUACUGUUUUCCUCAUGUGCCACUGGUUUGCAAUGAGCAGCGUUUGCUACAACCCUUUUAUAUACUGCUGGCUAAAUGACUCAUUUAGAAAUAUGAUUGGGCAAAAUUUUAGAUGGUUUCUGACUACACCAAGAAAAACAAGGAACUUUUUGGUUUCGCAUCCGCUGCGUAAACAUCGUAAAGACAAAUUGCUAGAGAGUAGAAACACAAAGGAUCUCUCUCAAAUCUCCUCAUCCAGUAAAAAAUUUAAAGACUCCUUACCGCAUGUUUGUAAAACAGAAGAGCGGUCUUUUACAAAUACUCAAAAGAGCAUGUUACAAAAACAGAAGUCUGAAGUGCAUAAAACAUUGGAAAAGUCAAUUAUUAAAAACAGUGAGAAAAUUCAUUAUUCGGUGAAAAUAGAAGUGAAAGAAAGUUCAGAUAUCUUUUCGUAAGUUAUACAUAAAAACUUUAAUAUUUCAACUUAGCUCUUACGAAAUAUGUAUACAUAAUGCUUGAUAAUGCAGUUUACCAUAAGUUAAUAUUUGUCUAUUAAAUUCUUCGUGUCUUGGUGA